AUGUUUGGAGCUGUAUUUUUGCACGCGACGUUUCUCUUGCUGCCAUUCUCUGUUGAUACUCGUGACAUCAACUUCCCAACAGUCUCCGGCAUCAAAAGACUUCAACAGCCCCUGACUAACGAUGACGACGUCGAUAUCGCAACUGGUAGCGAUUUCUCUGGCCUAAUGACUUUUGCGAAUUUGCCAUACGCCAAUUGUUUCAGCGAUUCGGAUGUGGACGCAUACGAUAUCGCCAUUAUGGGGGCACCAUUCGACACAGCCGUGACUGCAAGACCAGGAGCUCGGUUUGGACCCACUGGUAUUCGACGGGGUUCUCGCCGAAUGUCUGCAUCCUUUGCUUGGAGCAUAUAUACCGGUGAGGCUUUCCCACCUCACCCGAUCCUGCCAAAAUUGACCAGCCUGACAGGGGAGAAUUCUUAUAAGAGCUGGGCUGAGAUCUUAGACUGUGGAGAUGCCCCCAUAACCUUUCUUGACAAUACCAUUGCCUUGAAGCAGCUGGACAAGGCACACAAGGUUGUCUCCGGUCGAGAGGCUAAGGCAAUAGAGAAGUCCUUGAUACCUCGUAUCAUUACGCUAGGAGGAGAUCAUACUACCACACUUCCAGCGCUUCGCUCUGCGGCGUCGCGAUGGGGCGCAGUUUCAGUCAUUCAUUUUGACUCCCAUUUAGAUACAUGGGAUCCGAAUGUUUUGGGUGGAGGUUUGUCACAAUAUGCUGGCGUAAAUCACGGAACCUUCCUCCACAUUGCGUAUGAGGAAGGCUUGAUACAAAACUCGUCCAUCCACGCGGGAAUCAGAGCACCUUUGAUAAGACGUAAGGGAGACAUACGCAACGACCUGCGCUGCGGCUUUGAUACUAUCAAGGCCAGAGAUAUUGACCGCAUUGGCGUGGACGGCGUGAUCAAGAGACUCAGGGAAAGGGUGGGUAAUACUAAGGUCUAUAUAUCCGUCGACAUUGACGUGCUUGAUCCUGCCUUUGCACCAGCGACUGGAACAGCAGAGGUUGGAGGAUGGACAACAAGGGAGCUGCUUUCUAUUUUGGACGGUCUCGAAGGCACCAACGUCGUCGGUGCAGACGUUGUGGAAGUUGCUCCGAUCUACGACAAUCCAGGCGAAACAACAGUAUUGGCUGCAGCGGAGAUCGUCCAUUCGUUGCUGACGUUGAUGGUGCAAAAGCCGGUCAAGGCACCUUGA